UCCCUUUGAUGGCCUCCCGCUCGGCCUAUGGUUGGUUGGUGAAUAUCGGAGCUAGGGGGGAUAUACGAACGAAAUUGGUCGAGUUUGAGCUUGAGUUCGUUUGUGAAAAAGCUGAUUUGAGAUGUAAGCUUUCGAAUCAAGCUCGAACAAAAACUACUCUUGGACUCGUUCGACUUAUAAUGCUUAGAAAAUUGAUGCUACUCGAGAUUGGCUUUAUUAAAGCUCGUCUGAGAAUGGGGUUUCUGUCAAAAUCAAGCCUAGCUUGAUCAUACUUUUUAAAGCCAAGCUUUAAUAAUCAACUGUUCGGCAAUUCAGUUCGUUUAUCAGCCCUAAUCGGAGAAUCAAUCUCGAUGAUCUAUCUUCCCUGGUUGUUCCGUCUUUCUUCGGUGUCGAGAUGGGUGGAGAGGGUGGUGGCCAACAGUGUUGGAGGACGCUGGUUUGGCGGCGGCUGUGGUGGUUCCGGCGUGGGAGAAUAGGUGCGGAUUUUAGGGUCUUUGCUCUUUGAAGGUAAAUUUAGUGGAAAGGACAAUUCCAUUUGUUCAAUCGAAGAAGGCUUUUCUGAGGGUGGACUGAGACGGAUUGGGUGUACAUUUAAAAAGCUCCGCCCUUGAUCCCACAAAUUAUAACCCCAGGGUAGAAGGGUAACAUAUCCAAACAUGAUGGAGUUUUUCGAAAGUCUUGGAGUUGAGAUGGAGGAAUCUGACAUGUCAUUCUCGGUGAGCUUAGACAAAGGUCAGGGCUGUGAGUGGGGGAGUCGAAAUGGUUUGUCGAGUUUAUUUGCACAAAAGAAGAAUGUUCUGAAUCCAUACUUUUGGCAAAUGAUUCAAGAAAUUACUAAGUUCAAGGAUGACGUUUUGAGGUACCUUGAAGAUCUCGAAAACAACCCUGACAUUGACCGCAACGAAACACUGGGCCAUUUCAUCAAAUCAAGGAGUUACUCUGACUUAUUUCAAAAUGCUUACCUAGUUCCCAUUUGCGCUUCAAUCUGGUCCUGCCCUUCAGAAGGUGUAAUGAGCUUUUCUGCAUAUUCUGUUCUUUCAUUUUGUCGCAAUCAUCAUUUGCUUCAGCUCUUUGGCCGCCCCCAAUGGCUUACAGUCAGAUGGCGUUCACAAGACUAUGUCAAUAAGGUUAGAGAGCAGUUGGAGAGUAGAGGUUGUCAUAUAAGAAGUGGUUGCGAGGUGCAUUCUGUUUCGCCAAUUGAUGGUGGUUGCCUCAUAACCUGUCAAGAUGGUUCCCAAGAAACAUACAAUGGAUGCAUAAUGGCCACCCAUGCUCCCGAUGCUCUUAAAAUCUUGGGAAGACAGGCAACAUGUGAUGAAACCAGAAUACUUGGGGCUUUCCAGUAUGUUUAUAGUGAUAUUUUCCUUCAUCAUGAUAAGAAGUUUAUGCCCCAAAACCCAGCAGCGUGGAGUGCAUGGAAUUUCCUUGGAACUAUGGACAAGAAAGCUUGUUUGACAUACUGGCUCAAUGUGCUCCAGAAUAUUCGCGAGACAGAGCUACCUUAUCUGGUUACUCUAAAUCCUUCUUGUACCCCUGAUCAUACACUGCUUAAGUGGUCAACCGGCCAUCCAGUCCCAUCAGUUGCUGCAUCAAAAGCAUCAAUUGAGCUUGAUCUUAUUCAGGGGAGGAGAGGAAUAUGGUUCUGCGGAGCAUACCAGGGCUAUGGCUUUCAUGAGGAUGGACUAAAGGCUGGCCUAGUCGCGGCACAUGGUAUGCUCCAAAAAGGUUGUGCUGUUUUGAACAACCCUAAACAUAUGGUACCUUCAUUGAUGGAAACAGGAGCCCGCCUUUUUGUUACUAGGUUCCUUGGACAGUAUAUCUCUACAGGUUGUUUAAUUUUAUUGGAGGAAGGAGGUACAGUUUUCACCUUUGAAGGAGAAGGAAAGAAAUGUCUUCUUAGAACUUCCUUGAGAGUUCACAGUCCCCAGUUUUACUGGAAGGUUGCGACACAGGCUGAUUUAGGCCUUGCAGAUGCGUAUAUAAAUGGGGAUUUUUCUUUAGUUAAUAAAAAUGAAGGUCUUCAAAACUUAUUCAUGAUUUUCAUUGCCAACCGAGAUUUAAAGAAUUCUUUCUCAAAGAAGAGGGGCUGGUGGACACCAUUGCUUUUCACCGCUUGUAUUGGAUCUGCGAAAUAUUUCCUUCGGCAUGUAUCACGACAAAAUACCCUUACGCAAGCACGCAGGAAUAUCUCUCGUCACUAUGACCUGAGUAAUGAACUGUUUGCUCUUUUCCUGGAUGAAUCAAUGACAUACUCCUGUGCGGUGUUUAAGUCUGAAGACGAAGAGUUGAAGGUUGCACAGAUGAGAAAAAUCUCUCUACUAAUUGAAAAGGCAAGAAUUGAUAAGGAACAUGAAAUUCUUGAGAUUGGAUGUGGUUGGGGAAGCUUGGCUAUUGAAGUUGUUAAGAGGACUGGAUGCAAAUACACUGGCAUAACUCUAUCGGAGGAGCAAUUGAGAUUUGCUGAAAUGAAAGUGAAUGAAGCUGGCCUUCAGGACCGCAUAAAGUUCCUUCUCUGUGACUACCGCCAAUUGCCUGAUACCUACAAAUAUGACAGAAUUAUAUCUUGUGAGAUGAUAGAAGCUGUUGGCCAUGAAUAUAUGGAGGAGUUUUUUGGUUGCUGUGAUUCAGUAUUGGCAGAAAACGGUCUCCUGGUUCUACAGUUCAUAUCAAUACCAGAUGAGCGGUACGAUGAGUACAGGCAAAGCUCGGAUUUUAUAAGGGAAUAUAUUUUCCCAGGUGGAUGCCUACCUUCAUUGAGUAGAAUAACAUCAGCAAUGGCUGCUUCAUCCAGGCUCUGUGUUGAGCACCUGGAAAACAUAGGGAUACAUUACCACCAAACACUCCGAUGUUGGAGGAAUAACUUCCUAGAGCAACAGAGCGCAAUCAUGGCAUUGGGGUUCAAUGAAAAGUUCAUCCGGACAUGGGAGUAUUAUUUUGAUUAUUGUGCAGCUGGCUUUAAAUCAAAUACACUUGGAAACUACCAGAUCGUAUUCUCGCGUCCUGGCAAUGUCUGUGCACUGGGCAAUCCAUACAAGGGCAUACCUUCUGCUUAUUGAUAAUCCUUGACAAGUAGAUCAAACCUUUCUACUUCAAGUUUUCAUGUGAUCCUCUGGAGAUGAAUCAGACCUGUUCAAGCCUUGAAAAAUUUGUUCAUUUAGGUCUCAAUGCUUUCUUGUUUCUUUCACAUGUUUUGUGGGGCGGUUUGAUUUACUUCCCUCGUGAUCAUACAGAAUGACCACAUUAUGCAUUACCUCUGAAUGACAUUUUGCUGAUUUUUUUAGGCCGAGUUUUCUCACUUGGGUCUUUGCUUGAUUUGUGCAAAAGAAUUGUUUCUUCUAAUUAUGCUUUGGACACUGGGAAUUGUCUACCAUUGAGCGGAUUUAGAGGAUGAAAUAUUCAUACUUUGGAGGAACUUAGAUUUAAGGUGAUUCUAGGACAUGAUUGGUCC